AUGUUUGUCCUCACCCUCUCCCUCUCCCUUUGUGGUUUUCUGUUCUUCAGCGAGCAGAGGCAGCAAGCGAAGUAACUUUUCCUGAUAUGGUUUGUUACUAUGCCAAGGAAAAGGGCGUAGGAUGCUUAGUCUGCAGCCAUAAGCUUUUCUGCACUCUCGCACAAAACAUCCCUUCUAUAUGGAACACAAACUUCCAUCCUCGCCUGACACAAGUUACAGUUCAUCAGUAAUUUCCGAAUGACUUAGAAAAAGCAUGCAACAGUGUUUCCGAAUGACUUGGAAAAAGCAUGCAACAGUGUUUCCGAAUGACUUAGAAUAGGUAUGCAACUAAAUUGAAUUAGGAUUCGCAGUUCUUCAUUUAUUUGAAUGGAAUUAAAUUGCAUGUGUAUCAGUAAAAAAUGUAUUGGUGAAACCUUUUGAUAAUUUUCUAAUGAUACUUUUAGAUUCUAAAUAUUAAUUCCAGUAGUACACAGUCUGAAUGUUCACUUGCUGGUAUUGGAAGUAUUUUCUUAGAAGUUUCGGGAUUUGAGAAACUCAACGAACUGAGACAAACUGGAGAUGUAAAGCUAUUUUUUUUAAUGUUUUGUGGAAGAGCCUUAGAAAUAUGGCUGAUAAUUUUUACACUUGUGAAGUGUGCGGCAAAACAUUUUCACGAUUGUGCAAGCUAAAGAGCCACACACAUGUCCAUAUGACAGAUGAAGGUCAAUUAUUUAGGGAUGAAUUUGCACAAUUGCCAGAUUUCAUUGAUACCCAGCAGUAUGAGGAGAUGAAUCCCAGUUUAUGUAUGUUUAGUAAUAAAGGUAUUAGUGAAGAUAACCAGAUAAAUGAUUGUCAGGUCUUUCAUAAAGACGAAAAAACAAGGGAAUCUUACAAAGAAAGCAUUGUUAAUUUAAUUACUGAAGAGGUGGAAGUAUUAGUUGAUGGUAGACUUUAUUACGAAUGCCAGGUUUGCAAACAGAGAUUAACACGGAGAUCUUCCCUUAGGAGUCACUUAAGAAAGCAUACUGGAGAAAGACCUUAUAAAUGCAAGGAUUGCGAGAAAACUUUUACAUUUUACAAGUGUCUUUGGAAUCACUCAAGAAAACACACAGGGGAAAAAAGAUUCCAAUGUAAUUAUUGCCAGAAAUGCUUUGUGUAUUACCAGGGUCUUUGGAAUCAUAAAAAGUCUCAGUCAUGUAAAGUGCCAUGUGUGUGUGGCAUUUGCGGUGUUAAGUGUGUUUAUUUUUGCCAACUCAAGGCUCAUGUAAAGCAACACAUGGAUGAAGAUUCAUACACAAACAAUCAAAUAAUAAAUGGUGCAAAUUUGAAAGUAUAUGGUCGGAUCGACUUUGACCAGAAGUUAUUUAAGUGCAAUGUUUGUGAGAGAAGAUUCAGUACCAACUCAUCUCUUGAGAGUCAUAAAAUGCAGCAUUCUAGUAACAGACCAGAUCCAUCUAAAAUUAGUCAAGUUAUGACAGAUUCACCAAUAAUUGAAGGACAAUUAGUAAUGGUAGAUGAUGGGGAUCAUAGGCAAUAUAAUAAGGGAUAUAAGCAAUGUGAUGCCUGUAAGAAGACAUACGUGUACACAAAAUGUUUUAUUAACCAUUUAAAAACCCAUCAAAAUAAAACAUUUAAGUGUCAUGUUUGUAAAAAGAGUUUUACAAAACUUAGAGAUUGGAAGAUUCACUCUAGAGUUCAUACAAGUGAAAAGCUUUAUGUAUGUUUGGUGUGUGAUAAAUCAUUCAUUGAAUACUCUGAUCUUUUGAAGCAUAAUAAAGUACAUGCAAGUAAAAAAACAUUCAAAUGCGGCGACGAGUGUGGGAAAUGUUUUCUACAUUCCUUUAAUCUGAAGAGUCAUGAACGAGUACAUUCAAUUAGAAAUACAUACAAAAUAAGAAAACACAGAAAGAGAGCAAAGUGCCACAGUGAACUACAAAACAACAAGAACAUACCAACAGAAGUGAAGUCUGAAGGUACGCUCUGCACACAAAGUUUUCCAAACUCAAACAAACUAACUCUGCAUUGUAAAAUGGCACACGGGGACAUAAUUGAGAAAUCUAGGAAUAAAGUAUAUAAAUGUGCAAUGUGUGGGGCAGUUUUUGUUUCAAAAGAUGACAUUAUGAAUCACCAAAAAUGUAUAGAUUCCAAUAUUUGUGACAAGCAAUUGCAUCGUAGUUACAUAAUUUACCUUCGCAAAAGUUCAAACAAUUAUCAUAAGGCAUCUCAGGAGUUUAUUGAAAGUAAUGAAGAAAGUGACAUAACUAUGCUGGGAGCAAAUCAUUCGAGUGAUAUCCCGAAUGAAAAUGAAAAAAGCAAGAAAGUCUUAAUUAUUUCGCCAGAAAAUCAACAGAACUACCUGGAAAGAGUUGAAAUUGAACUUAAUAAUUGCCAAGAAUUAUUUAAGGUUGAAAUUAAUAUUUACAAUAUUAUUGAAGACGUUGUAGAACAGGUAGGUGAAUCCCAAGGAGAGAAUGAUUCAGUCAUGAAAACAAAUUUUGUUAGCCGUGAUCAGUGUGUACCAGUAUCCAACAGGUCUGGUGAAAGGCCAGGGAUCCCACAUAAGUAUAUUUUAGUAGGAACUGCUGAGACUGUCACCCAAAUGAGAGACGGAAAACAAUUAUGUAGCACUGAAGUCACUACUGAACUUGCAUCAUCUCAACAGAGUUGUGUGAUCAGUGUGUACCAGUAUCCAACAGGUCUGGUGAAAGGCCAGGGAUCCCAGAUAAGUAUAUUUUAGUAGGAACUACUGAGAC